CCCAUCUUCUGCUUUCAUCUCCCUUUCCAGUUCAAGUUCAAUUAUCCACACAGCAAGCUGGGACCCUCACCUUAAUUCGACCACAAUGGAUCUGCAGUCGCCGCCAAAGAGAAUGACACGGGCGCGCGCUGCAGCCAAGACGGGCGAGCCCACCACAAAACCUGCCCGCGUCGUGUCUGCUGGCACUAAGGCCAAGGCCGCCCGCAGCAUAACCACAGCGACGACUACGACGAGAACAGCAACCAAGAGGAAGAGUCCGUGCGAUGAAGACGAAGAAGAGCACAUGCACGAGAUGCAGCCGGCUAAGAAGAUAACUGCUGUUGCUACCAAGCCCACGCGUGGCCGGGGCCGGCCAAAAAAGGUACCAGUCGAGGAACCAGCCCCGGCGUCGGCACCCGAACCGGCACCCUCAACAACCGUUCGGAGCCGUGACAGACCCAAAAAGGUGGCAGAGCCUGCUACGGAGGAAGGAUCAAAGCCGACCAGGGCAACUCGCACAACCAAGAAAGCCGCGGCAGAGGAGCCCGAGGUUGCGACUGAGCCUGCCAAAAAGACAACUCGCGGCCGCCCAGCAAUCUCAAUAAGCACGACAACGUCCACUGCCAUGUCCAUGACAAAAUUGGCAGCGAGAAAGACUGUCACAUUUGAGGAGCCCGAGAAGGAAAAUAUUGCGCCAUCCGCAGGGCCGGCAAAGAAGACGUCGACCAAGGCCUCAGCACCCGCUCCAGCUACCGGUCUGCGCGGGAAGCCGGUUCGCAAAGCGGCCUCUGCGACUGUGAGCCGGGCAUCCCGCACCACCAGAAGAACAGCUAGUGGCACAGCCGAACCGAGCGAAAAGGUGGAGAAGCCGAUGCCGCUGAGCCCUAAGAAGGUCAACCAGCUGACUUUGAACCGCGCCGAGUCCGAUGACGAGCUCGGUAUGGACGAGAAAGUCCCCGUGAGACGAUUCAAGAAGCUUCCUAUGAAGCCUGCCAUGAGAAAUGCCAAGCCGUCGUCCACGGCAAAAGCUUCUGUCCCCAACGCCGUCAACAACGAGAAUGCGACUCCAGCUAGCCUGCCCGAAAACACAGUCAACCUCAUGUUGGCCACUCCAGCCAAGCGCCUGCCGCCCUCCCCUUGGAAGGGUGGCAUCAAGUCGCCUGCGAGACGAGUUGAAGGCUUGGUCCUUGGCUCUGUAUCGCAGAGUGAUGACCAGACAUCACAAGGUCCGUCUAAGAUGGGUCUUCUGCAGUCCCCUGCGAAGAGGCAACCUCUCAAUCUCAAUCCGCCUGGUGUCGACGCCAUCGGCGGGUCUAAUAUCUCGCCAGUCAAGCUGUCUUUUCUCUCAUCUCCGGCGAAGCGGCCGCCGAUCUCUCCCAUCAAGCCUCUGCCGAGGGCUAUUGGAGAGGAGGAGCCUGUCCAGCGAACUCCAGCGCCAAAACCCACCCUGCUCGCAAGCCCGUUGUUGAAAGAAGCGUCUGACAACACCGAGGUUGGGCAACUAGCCACAGGCGCAAAUGCUGUGGAUGCGCAAAGGGACGAUGAAGGCAUGAACGAGGCCCCGAUGAGACUCAGCUUCCCUGGUCGACUCUCAGCUGUCUUGCCACGUCAUGCAGACCCAGCAUUAACACCUCCUACCUUGGCCGCGUCGGAGGAGGCAUCACAAGCUGAAGGCCAGCAGGAGCUUGUGGAGGACGUUGAGGGGAAGAACGAUUUCGAGGGUCUUGGAGAGCCUAUGGUGUUGGAUAACCCUUAUGUGGAGUCGCGGACAGUUGAAUCCGCCAGCAGCACUCCUCCGUCGUCACCCCCCAAGACAGCCAAUCCCAUGUUUGGGCUCCGGGACAAGGACCUCUACCCUGGCGAUCCUUCCGCCGAAUCCGAGUCGGAGGAUGAUUCCCCUGUGAGGCAGGGCAGGUUUACAUCAGCGUUCAGCGCGCUGCCGACCACCCCCUGCCCAGGCCCUGCAAAAUUCGUCAACGUCAUGCAAUCGGCUGGCCGGAGCAGGGCUACGAAGGCUGGGUCUAAUGACAACUUUGGCUUCACCCCUCUUGCCCAGCAGCUGGGAGGGUGGAGGGCCGGUCCGAGCCCUGUGAAGCCCGGUCUAGAUACCACUUCUACCGCCCGAUCUGCGGAAGUCUCUGGCCAGGAACAGCCCAUGCUACCUGCGGCAGAGGCGACGUCAACUUUGACCAGCCCAGCACAAAACACUUUUUUCGACGAUGAAAUGCACGUCAGGUCAGAUGCUAUGGAGGUUGAGGAAGAUGCAGCCACCGUGAUUGAGGGCAACGACGAUCAUGUUCUGGAGGAUGUUUCGUUUACCGAAGAGGACAUUGAACUGGCUGCGGAGGCGAACGAGAUGUCGCUGAUGGAGAAGGAAGCCGGCCAUCCAAACAAUGAAGACUACGAGGACUCCAUAUCGGAAGCCAGUCAAGAGUAUGCCGACGAGAACGCAAUUCCGAUCGACCCAGCGCUUCUCGCAGGCAAUGGCGUCCGCGCUCCGGCUGCGCCCCCGGUUACUCCUCAGCGAGUGACUCAUCGCGAAUUCCACACCGUCGCCAAGGUCCCUCUACAGCCCGCGGACGAGUCCACACCUCGCCCUCAGUCGGAGAGGCGCAGCUACAGCGCUUCACGACUUCCCGUCACAAGGUCAUCCCGGAGGUUGACUAGGAAUGCCACGGCCAGCUCGCACUCACCCAGCAAGGGCCGCGACGCUAAGGUGUCUGAGGAUGAGUCGAAACAGCACGCUGAGCCUGUCUUGCCCGUGACUCCACAGAAGUCGGAUAUCUGGUCAACAAUUGGCACGCCGGCGCGGACGCCGCGGCGGGACCUCAACCCCGCCCUUCUCCGCGGCGCUGUAGUGUUUGUCGACGUUCACACGAGUGAGGGCGCCGAUGCCAGCAGUAUCUUUGUCGAGCUGCUGACGCAGAUGGGAGCUCGCUGUGUCAAGACGUGGUCGUGGAACCCCAACAGUUCAUCUGAGGCUGGCUCGGAUUCGAGGGUUGGGAUUACCCAUGUCGUGUACAAGGAUGGUGGGAAGCGAACGCUGGAGAAGGUGCGCGAAAGCGGUGGCGUUGUCCAGUGUGUGGGCGUCAGCUGGGUCUUGGAGUAGGUCUCCCACACACCGUGGAGUUCGAGUCCGACUGACCAUGUUUGCUAGCUGCGAGCGCGAAAAUCAGUGGCUCGACGAAGCUCCCUACCUGAUCGACACCUCGCUCGUUCCCCGUGGAGGUGCCCGCCGACGCAAGAGCAUGGAG